AUGACGCAGAUCGCGUCGGCCUCUGAAGGCCUCCAGGGCUCGGUACACCCAAGCCAGGAUUCAGCCGUCGAGUGGAAGCGGCAAACAGAGGACGAAGGAAGCAGACGUGCGUCGGAGACCUCCGCUGCGCCUGACGCAGAAGACAAGACGAGGAGGAAGAAGGAAAAGAAGAAGAGGGAGAGGGCGAAAAUGGCGUCGAGGGAGAAGACAUGCGACCCAGUCGCGGAACAGCUUUUACAUGAAGGCAGGAGCGCCGAGCUGGAGAGAGAGUUCGUGGGAGCAGUCUACGAUCGAAUCGCGAAUCACUUUUCCCACACCAGAUACAAGCCAUGGCCAAGGGUUCGCCAGUUCCUCGAGAGGCUGCCACGCUACUCGCUGGUCGUCGACGUGGGCUGCGGCAACGGAAAGUAUCUUCAGUGCGUCCCGCGCGGCUCGCCCGCCUCCCUUCCGCCGGCAGCUUCUUCGGCGCCGUCACCGUCUCCUGUCUCUUCUCCCUCGCCGGCCCCCUCCGCGACCCCGACCGCGCCCGCGCCCGCCCCGGCGCCUCCAUCGUGCCCUCCGGAGUCCUGCCCUUCCUCUUCUGCUGAUGCCGCAGACCCUGCGGAAUGCCUCUUGCUCGGUGUUGACAUGUCGCGGCCUCUGCUGGUGUGUGCGCAAGAGCGAGCGCAUGCGCGGGGCAGACUGGCGUUAGGGACGUGUCUCAACACGAAUUUCAGACAAGGCAUUGCGGAUGCGGUCAUCUCCAUCGCUGUCACACACCACCUUGCGACGGAAGAACGCCGCGUGCGCGCCAUCGAAGAGCUCGCGCGGCUCGCUCGCCCAGGAGGCCUCAUCCUUAUCACGGUCUGGGCUGAGCGACAAGAGGAAGGCUCCAUCGGCGCCAGAGAGUUCAAGGGCAAAGACGUCUUCGUGCCCUGGCACUUGCAGAAGGCGCUGGAGACUCGCCAGCCGUCGGCUGCGGGGGCGCCCAGACAGCAGCCUGCGGACUCCGCUCGUGAUUUGGCGGCGUGCCCUCAGACCUCUGAGGCGGCGUCAGACUGCACAUCUGUUGCGAAAGGUGAUGCAGCGAGGACAGCCUCUCCCGCGGGCGCCGCGGCCACUUCAGACGCCACCCAGCGCUGUGCGGAAGCGCAAGACAGGCCGCUAGAGGCGCCAGAGACGCCUGAGGCAGUCGGUGGAGGCGGGGUGGCUUCGCGCAGUGGAGCCUCGAGAGAAGAUGAGAAACGCGCGCAGAAAGAGGAGUCCGAAGACUCCAUCACUACGCUCUUCCGGUACUACCACGUCUUCAGCAGAGAGGAGAUCCUCGGCCUCUGUGCACGCGUCAGAGGCGUGGAGGUCGUGGAGUCCUAUUUCGACUCAAACAACUGGGCCGUGAUUCUGCGAAAACUGCUCUAA